AUGGCCGGUCAUUACGUCCACCAUCGGGCUCAGUGGCCCCCCAGAGCCAAGAACCCACAGGAGCAGCAGAGGAGACCCAUGGGGCAGACGACUCCCCCAGCAGAGGAGGAGGAAUCCAGGGUGAAAUGCAAGAACUGCGGGGCCUUUGGGCACUCAGCCAGGAGCAAGACCUGCCCCAUUAAGAGGUGGAAUGGGGCCCUUCCUCUGCAGCCCCUGGGCUCACACAAGGAGAAGGAGAACCUGAAACCAGCAAAGGCCCAGCUACCCCAGGCUCCAGGGCCCUUUAUGAGGAAUGACAGAGAAAAGGAGCGAAGUCCAAGUCCCCAGCAGCAGCAGAGCAAAGCUCCGACGCAGACAUUUCCCAGAACUCCCCAAGAGAAGACGCAGGAAGCCUGGAAGGAGCCAGCAGAAGACUGUUUCUUCCUGAGGCAUCCUACCAUGCCACUGCCUGUCCACACCACCAAGAAGAGAUCUGUCCUGGGCCCAGUGUCCACAGCUCCACCGUCUGUCAACAAACCCGAGAUGAGAUUACUCUGCCCUUCGGGUCACAAUGAUCGACCUCAACUGAGCACCUGUGGACCCACCAAUGGACAUGGCGGGGACGUUACUGCCUCCCUGCUCCCUGUUCUGAAGAGCUCCCGCCAGACCCCUACUCUCAGUGCUAGGCUGCCAGCCAACAGGCCCGACGUGUCCUCCCACGGUGCUCUCCAGCCUGCCAUGCAGGCAUUUGCCCCGGGCCCUGCCCUUAAAUCCCAGGCAGAAAUCAAACAUCCCCAUGCAGAUGCAAAGCCCAGACCACAGCAAGUCAGACAAAAGUGUGGCCAGGACUCCAGAAUCCAGGCACCAGGCAAGCAGCCUGCCCCCGUCCCCACCCAGACUUUCCAGAACCCCGCAAAGAAAGCAAGACUCAGCUCCUUCCCGACCCCCGCCCUGGGAACUCAGCCUCCCUGCACUGCAACUGGACUUGGAUCCAAACAGGCCCCCAAGACGACUGCAGAGACAGCAGCCACCAAGACCGCAACCCUGCAGCCCACAUCCUGUCCUCCUGAAAACUCUGCUUCCGCUCAGAGCCCUCACUUCUCAAGGGAGCCUGAGGGGCGGGGUCCCCAGGUCUCAAUGAGUGUCCUCUAUGAGGACCUUCUGAUCUCUUCCUCCUCUGAGGACAGUGACAGUGACUGA